CUGCUACUCGCUAGGGAUGUACUAAUGAUAUGUUCAAGAGACACAACCGUGUUUAUUGUCUAAAGCACGGUAUGUGUCUUCUCACCUUCUCUACAGUGGUCAUGAUGCUUGUGACAGUGUGGUGUCUACUAAACUUGCGUCGUGCGAGGACGCAGUUCGUCACCCGGAGCAACGUGGUUUCACAGAUGGCUGCUACUGGGGCUGCUGCCAACUCAGACAGAGCAAAUAUAGAAAAAGGUACACAUAGACGGCAUACUCAAGCAGCAAGGCGUUUCUCCAUCUCAUGUCCUAGUAUGGAAAUCCCUCUUUUGCCACUUCCCGUUGGACAACCACCAGUCUGUGAAAGUAGUGACACGUUUUAUGCGUCUCCUCUGUUUUGUCAUUAUUCGGCCAAGCCACUGCUUGUCAUUAUUAUCCUGUCAUACAUUGGAAACUUUGAGUCAAGACACCAGGCUCGAACAACGUGGUUGCGUUCUCGUUUCAAAAUGAGCAGUGAAUUUGUUGACAGUCAUCCGUGGGCAUAUGCUUUUGUGGUCGGUCGAGCUCGUGGAGAUGGAGCAGUAAAUAUGGAAAAACUGGCAGCAAUAGAGGGAUGUCAUUAUAGAGAUAUUAUGUACGUUGAUGUGAUUGAGAGCUACUACAAUCUCACCUGGAAAAAACUGGAGGCAUGGAAAUAUGUGAAAUCAAAUUUUGACUUUGAAGUGAUGCUAAAGGCAGACGAUGAUUCAAUCAUUAACAUUCAGCUUGUUUUCGAAUGGUUAGACGAGGCGAUUCCUAUAGCUUAUGAUAAAUGUCGAACGAACUCGUCUCUUCGUGUAAUGUAUGGAGGAUUGUGUCGGAUUAAAGAUAUCCCAGUAAGAAACCAAAGUAACAAAUGGUAUUUGAGUUAUGAGGAUUUCACACCGAAUGUGUUUCCACCAACUUGUGUCGGUGCCGGUUACUUCGUGUCACGAGACUUGAUGACUGCUCUAUUGGAAAUACCAGAUCUCAUGUAUUCGUUCAGAAUAGAAGAUGUUCACACUGGAUUAUUAGUCGCCAAGACUGGACUUGUUCCGGCUGCUCAUUUGAUGCAUACCACAAGGGUUUGUAACCAUGACAUUCCUUCUUGUUCCAAUACAGAGUGUCGUCAACCGUACAUACUCAUGACAAAAAAGGCAGCAAGGAGAGCUGAAUUGUAUAAAAACUUUAUGCGAACUAAGUGCUGAACGUCUCCUUGUAAAUUUUGAUUACUACGUAACUUAGUUAUUACCCUAUGUUGCUACUGUCUGGAGUUACCUUCUACUGUCUAACUACAACCCGCAGAGUGCUAGAGACAUGGAUGUGCUGACAAGCCAGCUACAAGAUCCUCACAGCUAUAUGCAAUGCAAGACCACAGACUUCUAUUACUGAAAGUAUCGCGUGCCAUCACUUUUGUCAAAGACUUUAGUUACAAUUUUUAGAGUUCUGGUAUGGACGUACAUGUUGUUUACAACUGAAUUCCAACAUACUACUUAGUACUUACAAGAAGGCACAAUUUUUAGAGCAGACAAAGCUGCAGUGUAUUGAUGUGUAAUAGUCUAGUCCUAUUCUCCAUUUUGU